CGAUGACGCUCAUGUGCAGUUCAAUUUUUGUGAUUGGGAACUGAAACAUUUGCCGGACUAUUUUCCAACAUUAAAAUAUUCACUCAUUCGUAAAUACUGCCCGGAUUCUUUCGUUUGUUGAUUAGCUUGAUUAGAGGGGAUUUCUUUUAUUUGAUUCAAUGUAUUAAUCAAACAUUGAGGUUAUAGCUGAAAGUAGGUGAGAGCUUGAAAAUCUUUGCGCAGUUGCUUCUUAUUUUGCAUUUCCAUUGGGUUGGGAUCGCGAAUAGAGAAUUACGGGUUUGAGUAGUUAUUUUCCGAUUUUCAAACAACAGAAGAGAUUCCCUGAGAAAAGUAGUAUACUACCGAAGAUUGAAAUUUCCCACGAGAGGUCAAGAGGAAAAAAUUGAAACUCAAAACUUGUGCGGGAGUUCACAGUUUUGCGCUUGUCCGUUGGAGGCGUAUUCGUAUUUAAGCUCCGGUAAUGCCCGACAGACGACGCUGCAAAAUCCUCCCGGACCCCGGAUUAUGUACCAAUCUGCGUGUAAACCGUCAUUCAUCGGUGUCCGGCCCAUCGAAGGAUUUUCUAUAUCCACGAUAUCCACUGAUAACGCCUAUCUCCAAUACCUCCAAUAGCCGAAAACUCAUAUCGAAAAUGUUUAUUUGAUCGUACAUAUUUUAUUUAAAAAUCCGCAUGUAUCGUACAUCAUUGUAUCGAAUCGUUAGAUAACAAUGUCAGUUAAUUUAACGAAAAACAACGACUCGCUCGUUGACGCUUGGCACCGCGUCGUUGACGACAAAUCACCCGUCAAUUGGGCUGUAUUUGGAUAUGAAGGCCAAACGAAUAAUCUUAAAGUUGUCGGAACGGGUAGCGGAGGAUUGGAAGAAAUGAUAGAUGAACUCAACAGCGGUAGCAUUAUGUAUGCCUUUUGUCGGGUUAUAGACACUAAAACAAGUUUACCCAAAUGCGUACUCGUUAACUGGCAAGGCGAAUGUGCACCGAUAGUGAGAAAAGGAACUUGCGCCAAUCACAUAAGGGAUAUAGAGAAAUUAUUGAAAGGAGCUCAUAUUACAGUGAAUGCUCGUUCCGAAGAAGAUGUCGAGGUUGAGCUGAUAAUGGAAAAGUUAGCGAGAGCUACAGGUUCUUCUUACAAGUUCAACGAACCUCGUGGUGAAAAUGGUGGUAAUUCAGGGCCAGUUGGGACAACAUAUCGUCGAGUUAUACCCGAACAGGAGAUCAAUGCGAGCGAACGCGAUCGGUUUUGGCAACGGGAAGAAAUCGAGGAAAAACAGAGAGUGGAACAAGAACGUCUCCGGUUAGAGAAGGAUCGUCGAAGACUCGAAUUGGAAACGAGAUCGCGAGAGGAACAGGCGAGUAAGCUGAGAGAGCAGCAACAGGUUUCUACGUCCGAAGUAUCGGGGAUGGUUGAAAAAAAAUCGGAGCAGCGAGCAGCGGAGAUAAAAAAUUUGCGAAAUCAACAGAUGAUGGCCCAUCAGAACAGCAGCGAUACAGACGACGAGCACAAGUCACGAAGCGAAGAAUUACGGCGACAGCGUAGUAACGAGGCGCAACAAUUGAUAGCUCAACGCACGAUAAACGCUCGUGCGGUUUUCGAACAAAAUACUUCGGCUGGUCAAAUGAGACAGAAUUUGCAACCGGUGCAUCAUCAGAAAUUUGUAACGAGAAAUAAUCCGGUAAGAAACGUGGGAAGUGUAUCGGAAAUGUUUCAAGAGAAGGAGGCGAAUGUUCAGGAGAGAGGAGAGCGAAAAGCUCAAGAAAGAGAAACCAAAGUCGAGGAAAGAAACGUUACGACGACGGAAGAGUCGAAACAAGCAGCAGAAGUAAAAGUGGAAACGGCAACAAAAGCUAGUGAUGAAAGAGCUGCCGCGACUGUUGAACAGUUUGAAUCCGUGGAAAAAGCGACAAUUUCGAAGAUGGAGGAACUCGCAAUUGGAACGAACAACGGUCCACCGACUGUCAUUGGGGAAACGACCGAGGAAAGUUUAAACAAUGUCGAGACCGAAUUAUACAAUCAAUUGAGCGGUGGCGAGCCUUAUUUAUAUUUCGAUCCUAAUAACGAGGGCAUGAAAGCUCGAGCACUUUAUGAUUAUCAAGCUGCCGAUGACACCGAAAUAACUUUCGAUCCUGGUGAUAUUAUUACACACAUUGAUGCUAUUGACGAAGGUUGGUGGCAAGGUCUCGGACCUGAUGGAACUUAUGGGCUUUUUCCAGCUAAUUAUGUCGAAGUUAUUGAAAAUGAUGCCACAUGAUGCCAUGGAAUUGUUCAAUAUCAAUUUUACUUUCCUCUCUCGAUAACUUCACAUGAGAUUUCAAACAACCUGAUCGAAACUAUUCGAUGCUCCCAUUAGUUCAUAGUUGUUGAUUAAUCGUUCGAUCCUCUUACUGCCUUGAGAAUUUUAUCGAUUAAAAUAAUAGUGUUGAAUUUUGCAUUGUUGGGAUGUGACAAAAAUUCACUUGAUCGUUGUGUUAUUUGCUAAAUAUUUCAAUUGCUUGCAUUUUAUAGAAAUAAUUUUUGGUCUACGAUUGAGUUCUCAAAGGGAAACGAGCAGCGUUUUCGCCCAUCUUUUCCAGCCUAAACUAGCACUAAAACGUUAUUCUGCAUUCGCUUACAUUAAAAAACAAAAUAUCAUGUUUUAUUCUAUUCCAAUGAUUCAAACUUCAACGCAAUAAGAUAUGCCCGAGAUUUAAGCAGCGACUGAAAUUAUUGGCUUUUUUAAGCCAACUAACACACAGUUAUUGUUAUAUUUUAAACGUUUUACUUUCAGUACUUAUAUACGUGAAGCGUAAAAUUCUAACGAUACUUAAGGGAACGAAAUAUCAUUGGUAGUGGUAAAGAAAAAGUAACGAGUCUUAUAGGGUGCGUUCUUGAAUGCAGCUUUUACGUUUAUUCGCUCAAUUUAACGUUCCAAAACAUUGUCGUCCUAGCUGUAACGAUCGUCAUUAUAAUACUGUAGAGUUCGAUGUUUUUUUUUAUGAAUAGAUAAAAGUUUAAAUCGAGAGAUUUGAGGAGAAACGAAAGUAAAACUAAUAAUUCCCAUAAUAUUGACGUAAUUUUCAAUAACGAGAAUAGGAAGCUUCUUAUGAAGUUUUUAGAAAAUAUUGAAUUUGUUUCAGGGGUCCAAAAAUCUAUAAAAUUCUCUUUAUUCCUUUUUCCGUUCGAAACAAUCUUUUGAAGCCUACAGAAAGAACUUUUAUAUGUAGAUUAUUACAAUAAUGCCUUAAGAACGCAUCCAAAACGGGAUGUAUGGUCGUAUUUGUAUUCGUAAAUUGAGAUCCUCGAAUUUGAGGAAUGAAGAAAGGUUUUAGAUGAGAUUAGACUUGUCUUUAUGUGAAAUAAUUAAGAAUAUCGUAAACACCAAUUAAAUCAAGACGUCGGGAAAAGUAUUUUACACGUGACUCUGAAAUACGUGAUAUCAUUUUUUGACCACGUUCGAAAAUAUGCAUCCAUCAUAACAUUUAUUCACGAGCCACGCUAGAAACUUUCAUAAGAGUCGAGAUUAAUCUUCAAAUAUCAACUCUUUUUCCACUCAUGUAUUUCGUUGCCAGUAGAGUCGUCUUCACUGCGCGUUUGACACAAUAAUGAUUACACUUCAAACUGUUAUAACGACUACCACAGUAUAGAACUGACUGAUUAUCAUGUUCGAAUAACAACCUGCAGAGAUUUUUAUCAUGAGUCUAAAAGCAUCAUUCAUCAAAGUUCCGUUCAAAGAUAUUUUCAUUUUGUAAUGGGCGCAAUGUCAUUUUUAAAGUAUCACAUUUUCAAUUCCAUUGGAAUACGUAAAAGAAUUCGAUACAAGGCAGGAAAACGAGGAAUUCACUAUUUGCCAACUUGGUGAACGUGCAUUUAGUCUCGUCGUAUCACACAAACAUCGCUUCGACUUCCAUCAUUUUGUUAUUUUGAGUAUUUUUAUUAUAAUUUUCUUCAAUUGCGUUGAUCAGACUUAAUUAACGUAUGUUGGGUUGUCAUGUAUUAUAAUUAUAGUAUUUUAAAGGGAAAAGAAACAAGAGUAUUGACUGUUAAUUUUUUUGAGAUUGAGUCAAGCAUCCGGAAAUUAUAUUUGCUUUGCGGCAGUUCCGGAAAAGCUUGUACCAGUGUUCUUUUAUCUUUUAUCUUAAAACGUGGCGUGAAUUAGAAGGAAGAAAAUUACACGUCGGGAUCGAAUGCCGCUCGAACAAAUUGAACUGAUAAGAUGUAAACGUUUUUCUUUUCGAAUUCCUAUUUUAUUGUUUAUUCGAAUGAAAAAUAAAGUAAAAAUGUUAACAUA